AUGAAUGAAAGUUCGCUGAGAUCCUGAACAAAUUUACAACACUUUGCCUCAUUAUCGGGACACAAACCUCGAAAAGUUCUUCGAAAAAGAAAAGUUCUUAGAAUGGCAUCAUGACCCACCGCAUCCAAUGCUCAUCAUCGGCCAUUCCAGGAAACUCAUCUUCGAUAUGAUGAAUUCUAUCAAGAUAAUUGAUUGCUAAGACCAUCACUGUAUAUGAACAAUGGAUCGCUGUAAUUCAGAUCACAAUUCCGUUCUAGUGAAUGGUGCUUUGAAACAAUCAGGUAACCAUGGUCACCUUGUCAAUGAUGCUGUCACCGAAUCGCUGAUCUCAGACAAGUCGGAAAGCACAGCAAAGAAACUCACCAAUCAGAGCAAUAAUGUUGAUCAUUUGCUUCAAGUUGAUGAAAACAUGGAACAAAAUCUGACUCCACAAGAAUCCAAACACUCACACAUUCCUGAUCAUGGAGGUGUCACUGUGAAUGAGACGGCAAUAUCUGGGGUUGAAAAUUGCAACAAUGGAUCUUCUGCAAUACAGACCUCAUGCUCAGAUAAACUAGUUCCAAAUGCGUUAAGUCCAGACCAUAAUUCAGACGGUAACCACCACGCCCAGCAACUUAGCACAGAACCUCUUAGUAGAAACAUGCCUUAUUCUUCAGAGUCUUUGAGUUCUCAAGUUAAAUCCAAAGCAAAACUAUUGAACAUUCCACAAGAUGUCAGAAAACCUGAUGAAACUUCAAGUGUGCAUGUAGUUGGUGACAAAGUUAUACCAAAGAAUGAGCCAUGUACAGAGAUGACAUCAACUUUAAGCCUAUCGAACACAGAAGUUGUUGAUAGAACUGUAAUAUCACAUGACAGGAAGAUCAACGUUCUAACGGAUAGUGAUAAAUCGGUCGCUAGUCUGAGCAGAGACGCUGACGUUCAGUCAAGCUCAUCACAGGGGCCUGAGAGUAGUCCAAGCUCGGCCAAGUCCGAAGGAAACACCCAGUAUUCACCUCAAGUUAUAGACCUGGAGUCAACAAGUCCUCAAAUUCCAACGUCUUCAAAAGUUGAGCCGAAUUCCCUGGAUUCAAACUUAACAGCAAGUCAGAGGCCAACGCCCAAAUUACGAGGAAACGCUUUAGUUUUUGUCCCUGAUUUAUCUGAUGAGCUGAUGCUGGCUUAUCGGAUCUUGACGGGGAUAUUUGGGGAUAAGUGCAAAUCCUUCGUCUGGCCGUUCCUGGAUCAAGUGGAUACUAAAUCCCUAUGGGAUUAUGAGGAGAGGAUUAAACAUCCUAUGUGGCUUAGGAAAAUUGAGUCCAAGUUUCAUAAUAAAGAGUACGUCAGCAUCACAGAGUUUGCGACUGAUAUGCGACAAAUUCUAGAGAAUUGUUAUCGUUACAACGGAAUGAAGCAUCAGAUCUCUAAAUAUGCUCAGACCCUGGAGUGUGUCUUUGAGCAGAAACUAGCACUGCUCUCAAGACCCCUUCAGGAAAAGACGACCCUGUAUGUGACGUCUCAAGGCAAAUACAGUGAUGGCUGCCCUAAUACUAUAGAACUAUCAUCUGGUCGUCUGCGUCGUUCCUGCACCAGACUAGCUGUUCGAGCUAUAGAGAAAGCUUCAGCAACUCCAUUAGCAUUCCACAUCGGUCGAGAGCUUGAACUGAAGGAACGCGAGGAUAAGAGGCAGAAGAUCGUUGACAGACGAGAUGAAAUCAUCAAAGAGAGAAACGAUUUAUUGGAAUGGGAUAAACAAUUGAUUGGAGAACCUAACUGGACUAACAUGAAGUCACUCUGGGAGAUCCCAGCCAUAGGUCAUUUUCUGUGUCUAUGUCAGAGCGUUUUGGAGUUAGAUGAGAUUAGUUUCUUUGAGCUUGAACGUGCCUUUGCUUUACCGAUGGAGAGUAUGAUCCUAAGAAGAAUCUUCACUACGCUUCUUAGCACACCGUAUCAGAGAACAAGACUUGGCAAGAAACCACCGAUGCCAUACAAAGUAUGGGAAGCUCGUCUUAGAGAGUGGGUUCGUGGCUGGUACCACGUUCUGGAGAAGCUUGAAGACCCUACAAGAGUUUAUGAAAAGAUUGGAGUACCAGAGAGAUUCUUUGAGGUGCUGGGAUCCAGUUUCCCGUUGGACAGAGUUCAGUAUCAUGAAUUGACGUAUUAUGAGAGAGUUUGGAUUCUUAAAGGACUGUGUGAUCAGCUAUUUGAGACUCAAAUGGUAGUGAGACGAUGCCUCCUGUCUCAACCUGCAGACGAGCAACGACCCAUCAUCCUUGGCAUCGAUGGAGAAUCUAACUCCUAUAUUCACUUUCCACAAUUCUGUGGAGCAGACUUGAGAAUAUAUCGGCAGAAAAAAUAUCCUGACCUACUCAAGAAGACCAGGAAAGAAAAGGAAGCAGAGAUGGAAGCAAGGGCAAAAGAUGAUCUACCAACGACAAAAAAGCAGCGAAAAACACCUAAAUCCAAGAAGAUAGCUACCAAACCUAAACCUAAUACUAUGGAAACCCCCCGGUUACGACCAAGCAGGCUUAGACAGAGGUUGACCCCAACUGUUCAUUUUGGGGCCUAUCCUGAAAGCGUCAUAUCCAGCACCGGUUCUGAAGACGUCACAAGUGAGUUUACAGAAGUGGAAGAUGAAACUGAUGAGACAGACAGUCAGGGGGACCAACCAACAACAUCUAGGAUGGCCAGAGAUGCAAUGGACACCGAGGAAGAAACAGAGAAAGCUCCGUCAACGAUUGUCUCAGAGAACGAGGAUAAUGGAUACGACAGUAAUAAUGAUGAGGAAGACAUGGAUUGUAAGAAUAAGGCAUUAGAUGGUCAGGAUAAGGAGAAUCAAUCUCAAACAUCAAAGACGGAAGAAAUCCAACCGAUAUGUAAUGGUGAAGUGGCAGUGACAAGUCCGCCAACGUCGGAACUCAACAUCCCUAAAAGUGUCACCACAUCGUCAACUGAUCAGGCAAUUAUUGGAGAUACUGAAAAGAACAACCCCGCAAUGGACAAUGGAGCAGUCGAUCAAAAGACUGAAAGCAAUACAAUUAAUAACCCUUCCACUAAUCCUGAGGGGGAAUCAGAAGUGGUGACGAUGGAGGGUGAACCUAUGAAUGUUUCUACUAACAAUUGCAACCAAUCUGUGGACGCAUCCAGUGACGUCAAACCUGCUGCUGACCCUCAAGUAACACCAAUGGAUACCUCCGAGACGCCCGUUAAGAACCCACUAGACACACUCGAGGGUAUUAACGCUGAGGAGGAAGUACCUAUUCCGCCCCCAUCUCCAGUCAAACCACAUAUUGAAGUGUUACCGAUUCUUGGGGAGUUUGAGCUCGUGUGUGACAGUAUGGAUUCACUGAGAGAGCUUAUUACUAAGUUUGGCCCACCGUCGACUCCAGAAGAAACCUCCCCUGCUCCUCCCGUAACUGGCAGAAAGAGAAAGGCUGUGUCUUACAAGAGGCAACCACCGAGGAAACGAUGCGAGAAGGAGCUUCAUGAGAAACUGACUAAUCUUCUGCUUGAGCUCACACCGUGGGAAUCUAAACUAGCCAAGUUUGCAAUCCGUAAUCGAGAGAAACUCAAGAAGGAGUUUGAAGCUGCUCAGCUAAUUCCAGUUACAGAUCAGGAUAUUAAGGAUAUUUGGGCAUCUGAGGAAUCCUCAUCAGAAUCUGAAAGCUCUGACUCCGAGAGUGACGAGGAGGAAGACGAUCCUAACGACGAAGAUGAAGAAUGGGACGGCGAUGGUAUGAAGCUUAGAAAGCGCCCUCGCAAGAAACAUGUCGGUGAGUCUCAACAAGAUGACGAUGAUGAAGAAACUCCUCCUGGCUCUGUCAACGAGGAAACCGCAAAGAAGGGACGUAAGCACAGAUCCAGUAAAAAGAGCUCUAGGAAUCAGGAUGGUAAUAAGAGAACCCCACCACAUAAGAAUCAAAUCAACACCAGCCUGAUGGAGCUUAUUAAGAAUUUAUCCACGGAUGGAUUAAAGGAGGCGACUAGACGAUUACAAACAAUGGUCAAACGCGGUGAAACCGGUCGUAACCAGAAAUUCUCAAAGUCCACACCUUCAAGUUCGCACUUCUCAGCGGAUGGUAAAUCGUUACGUAAAUUUCUGAACAAACCGUUUUGGUCCUUUGCGAAACCCCCGAGUGUCGAAGGAACAGUCGCCCAAACAGUUGAAGAGUUGGUUCGCCUUCAUCCCAUCUAUGUGCUGAAUGUCAUUUUCAGGAAUUUAAAGACGAGUCUAGCCAAGAUCGUCAAAGCCAAAGAAAGUGUGAACCAUGAGUUUCACAUGGUCUGCGCUUCAAAAGAAACAGAUUCUGGGGAAAAGUCCGAUGAACUUGAGAAACCUUCAGAGCAAGAAGUAGUAGACACUAACAAGGACCAAAGUAGCCCUCCAAAUAACAAUAAAUACUCUCUAGUAACUAGGCCCCAACAGGAGGUUGUUAAGCUAAGUGCAAAACCAAAGACUAAGGAAGUCAUGGAUGAGAUAGUUCUUGAAGGCCUACGCGGUGUCCUGGCCCUCACCAAGCAGAUUCUACGGGAACAUUUAGCAACAGGCCUCUCCGAGUUACUACCUGAUUAUACAAAUCUUCAAGAAAGUGUUUCCAAACCACCAGCUUCAUUGGAGAACAAAGAAUCUGUCAGCUCGAGUGUGACUCCGGCCAACCGUAAGACAGAUAAGGAGCUCCUACUGAAAAUGCUACCUAAACCAUCACAGUAUCUAACAGGAACCAAUGUGACAUCUGUAAUGCCAGGCCUGAAACUAUCCACCGCUCAACAUUCAACAAUUAACACUGGUUCAACAAUAACACAAUCCAUGGUUGUUCCAGUUCCAACGUCUAAACUUCCUGUCAUACCAAUAAACAGUCUCAUAAAUGACCAAACAAAAGGUAUCGUCAAAGACAUGAAAGUUCUCCAAGGUAGCGCCACUUCUAAAGCCAUUCAAACGGCUCUAAGUCAAGCCUCUGCUGUCUCAAGCAGCAAGGCGGCAGUACCACAAGGUGUGUAUACAAUCAAGGUAGACGCUAGUGUGUGGUCGCAGCUUCAAGGCAAACCAGACCUACAACAGCAAUUUGUCUUGCAACAGAUUAAAGAAAUGCAGCAGAAACAGCAGGCAGUGGCAGGUGGAUCAGCUACUCCAGCAGUUAAGGGAAGUGUCAACACUCCAGCACAAACAGUAACGUGCAUCCGUAGCCUUCCUAAAGCCCAGGUCACAGCACCAAAAACAUCUCCUCAAGCUCCUAUCAGGAAUACCUUACCUCAAAACACACCAAGGAUGGCUCAUGGAAAAGCUGCUACGCAAAGCACCGCUGUUCGCCCAUCUCAGCACCCUGGCAAAGCAAUUCAACACCCUAAGCCAAAAACUCCAACAAAAGCACGUUCAUCAACCAAAGAACCUGUUAAUAAUCUCUCCCAAAAGGAACUAAUUGCUCUGCUACAGCAGCAACAAAGACAGCUUGAGCUUCACCGGCAACAACAGCAGCAGAAAUUACUCCUGAAAAAGAAAGAAGAGCAGCAGCGCCUUCUGCAGCAGCAGCAACAACAGCAGCAUUUUGUCAUUGGCUCGUCUGGAGUAUUAGUUUCAACAGUUCAACCACAGCUGUUACAAGCGGCAGGGAUACCAGCAACGACACCUGCUCCAACGGCGGUACAUACUUCUCUACAUGCAUCCAACACGGUCAUAGUUACUGCUACUAAUACAUGGACUGCAGGACUUCCAACCGUUUCUCAACCUGUUAGUUUAUCAACCAAUACAACAGUCACAGCUUCUGUGAAUCGCCCAAAGAUGUCAGUCAAUCUAACAGAGUCAAAUUGUACCACUAGUUCAGCAGUUAAAGUUGCAGCCUUGCCAGUUGUUUCUCAGACAUCAAUGGCAACCUUACCAGGAGGAACCCACACUCUGUCUCAAACUCCAGGCAAUAGACUUCACCUUGUACAGACAGCCAAAGGUGCACAGAUUCUAGUGCAGACUGGAUCAAACCAGGCACCUAAACUAGUUGGUCUCCAAUCUGGUAUCAAUGUUCCUAAUUCAGGAAGUGCAGUGCCAAUGAUUCUAACGAACCAAAACACUCAAUUAAUUCAACAGGUCACGAGUCAUCCUUUACAAGUAGCCCCUACCUCUACAGUAGUUACUACUCAGCAGACUGUUCAGGGAGUCCAACUUCUACUAAGCCCAACUCAGCCUAACCCUCAAACAGUUUUGCAUCUUGCUCAACCAAAACAAACUCUGCAAGUGCGGGCGAAUAGUACCCAGCCUGUCGAACGAACAGUCGUCCCAAUCCUCGGCGGAAACGCUAUUUUGAAUCACAAUCAAUCAACAGUCGUGCUCCAACAAGGCAGCUUAGACAAUCUACAAGGGACCCGAGGCCAGAUAUCCACAAUGUUUCCUCAAGCAACAGCGAGUACCAUUCAGAGACAAGCUAGCCCAGUUGUAAUCCAGAAGCCACAGCUUCAGAUUGUAAAAGGUGACGGAAAUCCCAAGGUGGUCAUUGGGAGCCCUACAAAACUAGUCCGACUAGUCCACCCGAGCCAGCUAUCCACUGCCACAAAGUUUAUAGCCACCCCAGAACAAAAUCAAACUGGCAGUUUACCAUUUGGGGGUUCGGAAUCAGUCAAACUAGCAUCCAAAGGAUUGCAGAUAUUGACCCAAGCUCCUGGAAGCCAGCAGUUACUUUGUUUGCCAGUUCAGCAAGGUAACAUGGUUGCGACAACAAAUCCAGGUACCUCGAGUAGCCUGAUGGGUCCCAGCAACAAUAUUCAACAGCAACAGCAGCUUCAACAAGUGAUUCUAGAGCAGCUAACGUCUGGGAAAAUAACAAUGUCACCAGCUCAGGCAAAUGCACAGUCGACCUCAAUCACACAUUUGAAUCCAACUAACAUUACACUGUCACAGCAAGCUCCCCAGUUGGUCACAAACCUACAACAGCAAGCUCCACAGAAAGUCACAAACCUACAACAGUCUACAGUUAAGCCAACCUCAAUCAAACAUUUGAAUCCAACUAACAUUACACUAUCACAACAAGCUCCACAGAUGGUCACACACCUGUCACAGCAAGCUCCACAGAUAGUCACAAACCUACCACAGUCUACAGUAAAGCCAACAUCAGUCCAACAUCUGAAUCCAACUAACAUUACACUGUCGCAACUAGCUCCACAGUUGGUCACAAACCUACAACAACAAGCUUCACAGAAAGUCACAAACCUACAACAGUCUACAGUAAAGCCAACAUCACUCCAACAUCUAAAUCCAACUAACAUUACACUGUCACAACAAGCUCCACAGUUGGUUACAAACCUACAACAGCAAGCUCCACAUAUCACAAACCUACAACAGUCUACCCCAUUCACUCUCCUCCAACAGAGUAUUCCAAUCCAACUGGUAACGAAACCCCUCGCAGCGUUACCAGCCAACAAUAGCCUCGGUAAUCAUCAGUUGCCUGUUCAGUUAGCCAAGAGUGGAGGAGAUGGUCGAACCAUCUCAGGUAUGAAGAGUUCUUUUCAACAGUCCGCAAUGAUGACAAGUGUUACCCAUGCUGGUGAUGGUAGUUACCUUCAAUUAUCUCCAACUCUAAUGACUGUCCCAUCAGCAAACACACCCCAGCUUAUCUCACCGGUCGCAUUACCUCAUCAAGAAUCACCUUCUCAACAAACGGGAGUAAAGCGAGUUUCUCAAACGCCUCCAGAGAGUGGCGUUGUAAAGACCCCAAUGCUUACUGCUCCCAUCCAAACACCAACAACCUCUUAGAUUGAAGUGACGUCCAUAGUAGCCCUUCAAAGAACAUUACUUUUGCUAUUCACCGAAGCCCUAUGCACAAUACCAGGUCAAUUCCAAGGAAAUAAAACCAAAGGAAAUUUAUGGUAAAUUUAGCUCCAUAGCCCCAAGUUCGAGUAAUAUCCCUCAUACAGUAUCCCGGGGGAAAGUGAACACUCUAGUUGGUAAGACUCUGCUUUAGAAUUGAAAAGGUUGUGGGCUCAAAUCCCACCGGAAUAACAUGCAUGUUAUUUUUUUUACUGAACUUUGGAAAGUACAGAGUAAAGAAUGUUAAGGUGUAUGGGCAAAACCAAACAAAUACUGUGUGUGUUAAUUAUGGGUUUAUCUCGCCUUGACCCAACCCCCUAACAGGGGUAGCCAUUCCCUAGCUGUGUGGUCCCCAAAGUCAACAGUUUAAAGUGUGAACAAACUUUCUCAGAAAUUUCCUGUUUGUUUUAGUGUGGACAUUUGUGUAUAUAAAAGUUGAAAUUUUGAAUAUGAAGACUAGCAGCUUUGUGUUAAGAAAAAUAAGGCCAGUAAGGUCAAUAGAUUUUCAUAAAAGUCAUGAAUUUUUCUACAAGUACUUUUUAAAUUGUGUAUCACACUCUACUUUGUCAUGGUGAGGGAUUUAAAUCCAAGAGUUUCACUUGGUUUCCUACACUAGAGUACAUAGUCUAUUCUAUGUAUUUUUUUAAGUAAUAAACAACAAGAGAAAUUGGCCAUUAGUUCAGGGUUGAAAAAAGUAACAAUGGCUGGAGCAAAAUUUAAACUUGCACUCUCCUGAUUAAUGUAUUUAUUUAUAGUACCAGUAACUUAUCCUGAUAGAACAUUAUUUUCUUUGUGUCGGUUUAAAAAACGCAUAUCUCCUUCAAAUAGGACAAAUGUGACAUGCACGUUUGAAAAUUUCAAAACUUUAAGUCUCGCUUAAAAUAGCCCAGGAGUACACACAAAACAAUUAUUGAGGAAUGUUUUCGAAAAGAGCUUUUUUUGUGCUAGAUGUUUUUGCAAAAUGGAGAUACAAUAUCUGUGCACUGAUGUGACGAUUUUGUGUCAAAGUUUCCGUGUUACAAUGUGGUCAGAAAGGAAUACCAGUUGUGAUUUUGUUUUGUUUAUUUAAUUUUGCAUUAUUAAGUUUGAGUUCCUAUAAAAAAUUCCUUUGUUCUUAAAGGAGAACAAAAUUCUUUGUGUAAUAUUGACAUUUUAUUUGUAGCAAUAAUUAUUCACAACUUGAUUUAUACUCGAUCCUGUUGGCAGUGUUGGAGGACUCGAGUCAAAGGUCCAAUUUCAUAAAGCUGUUGUGCAGAAAAUACUGCUUAGCAAAUUUCUUUGCUAAAACUUAAAAUAUAGUGGGGCACCAGUUUGCAACAAUGUAUCAUUGAUGAAAAGUUUGCUGGUAAUCAGUUUCUGCUAAGCGUGAUUUUUCUGUGCUAAGCCAGUUUUAUGCUUACAGGCUUUAUGAAAUUGGGCCCAGACUGGCCUGGAGUCCAUUUGACUUAACUCAGUGAAUUUUCUUUAAUUGUCGAAUAAUAAACCACAAUUUCUAUAUUGUCAUCAAAAACUUAAAUAA